AUGUGGUCGGCCUCGGUCCUCAUCGUUUAUGCAGUAACCCUCUUCCAAGGCGCCGUCUCCACACCAAUCCACCCCCACCAUCCCCAUCAAUUUCCCAGCACCGAGCAAUGGCCAGCGCCAGUCGUGGGGAAGCCGCUAGAGCAGCAGUUGCCCGGUGAAGAGCUCCAGGACAUUCUCUCGCAAAUAUCCCGGGACAACAUUGAAGCCACCAUUCGGAAGCUUGCUUCGUUUGGCACACGCCAUACUCUGUCGAGUCAGACUGAUCCGAACCGAGGCAUAGGCGCAGCGAGGACAUGGCUGACGGCACGAUUUCAAGAAGCGGCCGAUGCAAGUGAGGGGAGGAUGACUGUUGACUGGAAUAGCUUCAUCAAGUACCCUGGUGACAAUGAGCGAAUCAUCUUCCCAGUCAACAUUACCACGGUGGUUGCGACACUAAAGGGAAGCGAGGACCCAGACAGGUUAUAUGUUACUGGUGGACACUACGACUCCCGCAAUAGCGAUCCUAUCGACUACCAGGGAGAUGCUCCAGGUGCUGUCGACGAUGCAUCUGGAGUUGCCGUCUCCCUAGAGCUCGCCCGCAUCUUUGCGCACUACAAACCCAGGUCGACUAUUGUAUUCACUGCCUUUGCAGGUGAGGAGCAAGGCCUCCUCGGCGCGGAAAAUUUAGCACAGACCUACAAGAAUGCCUCUGUCAAUGUUGCCGGCAUGAUUAACCUUGAUAUGGUAGGCAACUCCAAAGCCGAGGAUGGCACUGUCGAUCCUUACAAUAUUCGUCUCUUUUGCGAAGGCACGCCCUUGACGGAAAACGCUACACGGACUAGGUCGCGUCUUAGCAUUGGCGGUGAGAACGAUAGCCCGGCGCGUAACCUCGGUCGACACAUUUACGAAGUCGCGUCCAAUUCUUGGACCGAGAUGACUGUCCGUCUCAUUUAUCGUCUGGAUCGAUAUAGUCGCGGAGGCGACCAUCGCCCUUUUCUCGAAGCGGGCUAUACGGGCGUACGCUUUGUCCAGCCAAACGAGGACUACACUCAACAGCACCAAAACGUCACUGUACGCAACGGCAAGCAAUAUGGUGACUUGGUCGAGUGGCUAGACUUUGAAUACAACACUCGCGCAGCAAAGGUUGUCGCAAGCACCAUGUGGAGUCUUGCAAACGCACCCGGUGUACCCACAAACGUUGGCAUCAACACCACUUCGUCUGACAACUUUAGUCAGUUCAGGUGGACUGCGCCUGAAGGUCUACCUGUUCGAGGGUAUGAAAUCCUGUACCGUGAGACAAGUGAGGCACAUUGGACAAAUGUCAUUGACGUUGGUAAUGUGACCUGGUACAAUCUUACCUCUGCUACCAUUCACAAAGACAAUGUGAUUUUUGGAGUGAGGAGCGUAGCCGAGGGAGGAUAUAAAAGUCCUGCAGUCUUGCCGUUUCCUUUUGGAUGUUCGAGGAACUGUUAG